AAGAUCUCGGUAAAGGAACCCCGUACACGAUCGUUGAAGGCUCGCUUCGAGGUACUGGUCCGACUUGCAGGUGGCUUGAGCAACAAUGAAUGGCUCACUUUUCAACACGCCGCCUUCCAUGAAGUUGGCUCUAUUCCUCGUGCACGGCUCCCAACGCAAGGCUGUCGCCCCCGAACGGGACGCCAAGGUGGAAGCUCGAGUCAUUGCGGGAGAGCCGCUUGACGACAAGACCACGGCGUCGGCAGCAACACUCGAUGAUGCUGUCAUGGCUGCGACCGACGACCCGAACAAGAUGCCUCCGGCAGCGCCCAGCGACUCGACGACGGCUUCGACGACAGUAGCGGCCUCGCUCACGGACAAGACCAAGACGUUCAAGGCGACUAAGGCAGUGUUGCGUCUGAACAUGGCUCGUCUGCGUCAUGAAGCGGACGACGAGCGACACGCUCUCGAGGGGACCUCGUCCAUUUUUGAUCUGUCAGACCGUUAUCGUAACAGCUUGGAGCCUGUCUUGACCGACGCGGUGCUUUUUGACAGCCUCGUCUUUGGGUGCGGCGCGGUCCCGGCGAUUGCCAAUCACUUUCCAACGCUCUUUGACUCGACGGAGCUGCCGAGCCCUGAGGCACUGAACAUCGACGGCGCCGUCCGCUUCGGCCAGUACGCCUACUACCUCGCCGAGGUCCCGACGUCGGUCAACUACGUCAACGUGGUGCUCUCUGACUCGAUCGCGGGGCUUGCGGCGCUUCGCCGGGCAACGUCGGCCCACCGCCGAGUAUACGCCUCGGUCUUGCAUGUCGAAGUGCCGACGCCCGACAUCUCCAUCGUGGCCCUAGGCGCCGUCGAAUGGCGGGCCAUCUUCGAGUUUGUCGACGAGAUGGAGCUGGCCAAGGAUCUCUUCGCCGCCAUGUUCUUGCGGCUGCGUGCCGUGCGCAUUGCAACGGCCUUCACGCACCCAUCACGGCUCUCGACGCUCCACCACUGGCUCAUGGUCGAGCAGUGCGAGGGAAUGUGCGUCGCGCGCGAGCAGCACGUGUCAUUGGACGCGACGAUUGCCGAUCUGAAAGACGCGAUCGAAAGAGUCCCAAAGCUAUCUCCGGAGGAAGAGGCCGCGUUUGAUGCCCUCUUUACGCGAGCGGCGUAGCGUCAAAUUGCACGUUGAGGCACAAUAACUUGUAGCCGAGAGAUUUCUAAGAACAUAAAUGUCAUGCCAUAAGGGUCGAUUCAGAG